AUACAGGUUUCGGACAGCAGUAGCAGUAGCGUGGGUGUGAGCAAUCAGACUAAUGCCGAUGGCGAGGCACUGAUAGCAGGUAUAUGUAGAAAAGUACAAGAUCCUACAUUCUGUUUGAAUACUUUCCACCAAAAUAUACCUAAUCAUCCAUAUACUCCUACUGAAGUAACACGAGUUGCUAUUAGCCAAUCAUUACAACAUGCUACUGACAAUCGCAUUUUCAUAGAGACAUCAAAAGAAAAUUCAACAGACACAGAAAUCCAGAACUUAUACGCUAUUUGUGAUAGUGGCUAUGGAUUUUUGUCAACCGAGCUUCAAGAUGCUAGCCUAUCAUUAGCUCAACAAAAUUAUAAUGCCUUGGAAAAUUCACUUUCCAAGUGUCCUAAAUUUGUGAGCGAUUGUCACAAUGUAUUUGGUGACAAGACAACUCCUGAAUUGUUGGACAGGAAUAGAAAACAACUAGAUCUUGUAUUAAUGGCAAAUUUUGCUGAAAGUCUUAUUAAAAAAUAA